UUCGCGUUGCAAAAUGCUCUUGUGUUGUUUGUGUUUGUGAUUGUAAAUAAAGGCCAAACAGUCAGCGGGAAACGUUAAGACCAACCUUUUGGGCCAGGCGAGAAUGUAACACCUUGACGGAAAGCAAACAGCUCCCACAAAGUGUUCAAUUAAACCAAGUGACUCGACUUUUAUCCGCGGAGCAAGAGACGUCGAAAAAGGAAGGUGGGCAGGAAGUGGGAAGUGUGAUGAAUGACAACAAAAAAAAGUGUGUAUUGGCCAAAAGAAGCUCGCAUCAGUGGCAACAAAAACGACCAUUCUCUCACACAGACGGUGCUCUUUAAACGCUGCCGCUCUCCCUCUCUCUCCUUCGUACUCACACAAUUAAGCGACGGCGACGCGUCUCUUGCAAACUUUUUAAAGCGGACGCCAGCGAUAUUCGGUCUCAUUUUCGAUGUGGAACGGUAAAGAACCUGUGUCGCUUCCGCCGCGGUUCGCGAAAAUAACACAAAAAUAGCCUUAUAUUUUUUGCUCAAUCAAAUAAGCCACUGCGAUUGUGUGCGUCUGUGUAUACAGGAAGAGAUCAGAUAGAUCAGAAGCAGUGCAAGAAAGAAAAGUGCAAAGCGAAAGUUUUGAUUGUGCAGCAUCCGCUAUCUCGCUUUGGCAGGCGCGCGUGUAACGGUAAACGCCUCUCUCGCCCCAACAACAACAACAAAUAACACAUUCCAAGGAAAGCGAAAAGUCGCGCUUGUUUGUGUGUGUGUGACUGUGUGUGCUUUAUUUCCAUUUAAAAAAUUCGAUAUUCGAUCUUUGAUUUGGAAUUCGAUUGGCCAGAUGUGUUUAUUCAAUGAUUGCGCACACUGUGUGUUAUUAUGGCCUUAUUGAAUAAACUCUUCUUUCCGUCGGCAACACCAACAACACCCGCGAAUUUAGCGGCAGCGCCCACGUUGACCGCAGCAGCAGCGCUAAUUAAUAGCCAAACAACAACUACAGGAACAACAGCAGCAACAACAACGCCAACUUUGCCGGCACGUACAACUCACGCCUCUGCCGGCGUCGCUGCCACGGCCGGCAAUAGUUCGUCGUCCGCAAAAGCUACAAAACAAACUUCGCGAAAUUAUCUAAGUCGAUUCCCCUUUGAGGGCAGCCAGGUGCGAGUUCUGCUCUACAAGGAGGAUGACAGUCGGCGGCUGCUCUUCGACUCGAAUGCCCUGCAGAAGGUGACGCACAGGGAUCCAUCGGCCACAUCCGCAUCCGCAUCAUCAUCCUCAUCCUCCGCGACGAAUGCCAGUGGAAAGUUCCUCAAAAACGAGAAGUACACGUCGCUGCAGAAUGGCAAGAUUCAGGCCAAGGCACAUUCCACCAACGGCAGCAACUUCAUCGAUGUGUGCGCGGAGUAUGGCUAUAAGCACAAUCGACCUUGUGGAGCGGACAUCACCCCGCUGGGCGAGAUGGUGUUCGGCUCGCUGCCGAUGUCCUUUUGCGGAACGGCCCUCAAGGUGCACUGGCUGCCGGAACCGGCCAGGAUCCUCUGCUCCCAGGUCUACCUGACUCCGACGAGCAACGGAGGAUCUGGAUCGGGUUCGGGAUCUGGUCACUCGCCCUACUCCACGCUCUCCACGAACAGCUUGGCGACGCCGCGCAGUUCGAUCUGCAGCGAGCACGGCUCCAUGGACGGCCUCUCGAUGAACUCGUUCUCAAUGCCCUUUAGUGUGAGUGUGGGUCGCCAGAUGAGCCUGACGCCACCGCUGGAUGUUCCGGCGGCGCCUGCGGAUCAGCACUCUCUGUCCAUACACUCGGUGGACUCGAGUGGACCGCGCUACUCCUCCACGUACAGCACGGCCACGGAUUCGGGGUAUUCGGCCAGCGGGAGUGGCAGUGCAGCUGGCGGGGAUCAGUGGUCGUACCAGUACUCCUCGACGCGGAGCAGCUUGGGCAGCGUGCUCUCCGACCAGUCGGAUGCGAUGCGGAAGCUGAGCAUGGACUCGGCCUGCUACACGGGAUCCUCUCCGUAUUUGGACGGAUUUGCCAGCGACGGCUGCCUGCAGCGAAGAAUCUCGCGCAACUUGCGCACCUCCUUCGAGAACGAGCAUUCCAAGAACGAUUUUAUUGGCUUUCUCAGCGACAACUACGCCCUGGGUGGACAGGCGGGGGCUUCGGGUGGCGCUGGUGGAGCUGGAGGCGGCAGCGAGGGUGGGGGAAUGGCGCCGCCGCAGUACAGGAGAGCCAGCUACAGUGCAAAUGAGACGCGCAGCAAUCCGGAGAUGGGCAGAAGGCAGGCGAACCUGCGGAGGCGGGCGAAACUCGGACUGGCGGUGUGCAUCUCGAUGAGCGAGUCCUUCGAGGAGGAGAUGGAGCUCUUCUGCAGCGAGCACAUUGCCCUGCUGGAAUCGAUGCUCAGUCGGCUGAGAGCCAGCACAGAGCAUGCUUAUAUAAACCACAAGAACUUUCUGCAGAUCAUGUUCCAGGCCUGGCAGGAUACUCAGCAGUGGUUCAGCGAUCUCUUCACCGCCCCGCGCAUCAAGACGCCCGUCUGGCUGAGCAUCACCACCAGCGGCAGCAAGUACUCCAAGACUGUGGCCGAGAGAUUCAUCAAGGAGCUGUGCGACCUUCUCUCCUUCGCCGAUACCAAGGACUCUAAUUUCUUCAUCAGCACCAUGCUGACGGGGAUUCUCACGCACCACUUGGGAUGGGUGGCCACCGUCUCCGCUUUUAACAGCGCCGGCUCCCGGCGAUCGGAGUCCUCCGCCUCGGCGGCGGCCAUCGAGCAGCGAGCCAAGCUGCUCCAGGUGGCCCAAAAGCAUCCAUACAACGCACUGUGGGCACAAUUGGGUGAUCUCUACGGAGCCAUUGGAAUGCCACCAAAGUUGGCACGCACCAUUGUUUGUGGAGCAGAAAAACUCUGGGUGGAGAAGCUCCUCAAUGUGCUGACCUACUUCAUCCGAUGCAGCGAAGUGCGGCGAGCGGCCAAGCGGGAGGACUUCAACAAGCAGCUGAUCAACGAUCUGGUGGCCCAGAGCCAGAACCAAAAUCAGACGGGCAACCAGGAGCGGCACAAGAGUCCGCCGACGCAGACGCGCGGAUUGAGCAGGACGGCCACCUGCAAGCAGAAUCUGAAUGCCAUUGUCGACGACACGGACGACGAGAAUGGCGAACUGAAUGGCUACGGCGGAGAGAACGAGGAUUUGGAGGGAGAUGAGUUGGACACGGGUUCCGUGGACGCUAGCGAUGGCAUGCAGACGCUGAAGAAGAACGAGAUUCCCACGGUGCUGGCCUUCCGGGACUCGCACUUUGUGCAGCAGGAGCUGCGUAUUGGCAACUAUCUGAUGGACACGGGAAUCGACAAGAAGACGCUGCUGGCGCGUCAAGCUCAACAGUACUUCCGUACAGGAAAAGAUGGUCGCAUUCGGUUGACAGUGACCACUCCCGACAACGUGGAACUCUGCAUGGAGGAGGAGCAAUCGAGUGGCACUGGUUCAGUGAGCACUGGAUCCGUGGACGAUGGCGCCAUCGAGGCGUUGGAUUACGAGGACAACGUGGAGGCGCCGCCGAAGAAGAACUUCUUUUGGAACAUGGUGCCGGUGGCGGGCGUGAAGGAGGGUCUGAGUCUCAGCGAUCUGGCCAAGCUGCAGCAGGGCAUUCGGAUCAUCAAUCGCAAGCUGGAGCGCCGGAGCAGCAGUUACUCCGUGGAGGGGAAUCCCGACCAGCAGCAGGUGAAGGCAGCGGGCGGAACUGGCGACUUUGAGCCACUGAGCCACGAGAGACGCGCGUCGCACUUGUCGCUCUCCGAUCUCAUCACCCAGAACAGCAUGGGCAAGAGCGAUCGCAUGACCUGGGGCAUUGAGCCCAUCAAGGAGAACGUUAGUCUGGAGGAGCAGAUCCACUUCGAUCACUGCCACAAGCUGAUCGAGCGGGAGCACGGCAUCUGCCGCCAGACAUCGGCGGACAAUGGCAAUGGUGUGGUCUUCGUUCUCGGCGACAAUGAACCGCUGAUCAACCUGAAGAAGAGCAGCGAGGAUCUCACCGGCGACGGGGAUGCCAACAAGCCCACUCUGAUGCUGUGUGCCCAGCAUCAGCGCACCCACGACAGGAGCAAGCACUCCGGCAUGAAGUUCAACUUCGAGCAGUAUCCGCAAAUUGCCACCAAUUACAUGAAGAGCAAGAACCUGCUGAUGUCCAACUACGAUCUGCUGAUGGACAAGGCCACCAAGCUGGAGGCCAGCGAGGCGGCGGCCGCUCUCAAGGGAAGCGACAGCACGGCCACGUUGGCGGCCAGCGGCAGUUCCACGGCAGCUCUGCCUCCGCCAGCAACUCCGGUGGCUGCGAACAGCGAGCAGUGCGUGGUGUGCAGUGGCGUUGGACUGAAUGGCUCCGCCACCUGGAACCAAACGCCCUCCAAUGCCACCGAACUGGAGUUCGAGACCGACGAGAUGCACUGCUACAAUCACAGUGGGAAUGGCAAUGGAUCCAGUUCCAAGGCGCUGCAGUCGGUGAACUCGGCUGCCUCCAUUGACACGCUAAAGUCUUCGGUUGCCGCCGAACCUUUGAGUCCCGCGAUCCCCACUCAAAUGCAGACCACGUACAUGCGGAAGCAGCAGCCCAAGCGAUUGCCUUCUGGGAGGAGUUCCGUCUCCUCGGUGGCCGCCAAGUGUGCGGCGGUGAAUGUGUCGCAGCAGGUGCUAAAGCUUCCCGUGCCGGGCGUCAAGGAGCUGCCGCAGGACGACGACUCCCCCGGCGAUCAACUGCGGGCCGGUUUCAUUCCCUCGCUGCUGCUGAGCGUCAGCGAUCAUUACGUUUCCGACAUGGUUCUCCAGGGCACCUGUGCUCCUCCAAAUAAGUGGGAAAUGCAUCUGCGCGAGGAUCUUGCACUUGCUGCUCGUUCCGCAUCACUAAUCUCGCAACCAGCGGAGAACAUAGCCAUUGUGGCGGACAUGGACAAGUGGGAUGUACGGCUGAUCUCCUCGCAAACGCAGCAGUUUCCGUACGCCGGAGGCCAGAGUUCGCCGGUGGGAAUGUCCCAACUCGUGUCCAGUAUGCUGGAAACCGUGCAGGCGAUGCAUGCAGGAGGAAUUCCUGCCUAUGAGUGCCUGUCCUUUUUGGAGUCAAAGCUGCAGGAAAUCUAUCUGCAAUCGGAGACUUUGGCAGCAUUCCUGCUGGAAACGGAUCCCUGCCGACUGAGCGACAUCACCAAUCCGCUGCAGCUCUCCGAGAACGAUGUUCCAUUGCUGCUGUCCAUCGCAUACAUACACACCCCGAAGAUCAGCCGCAAGUGCGGCAUUAGCUUCCGGUGACGGACCGUCGCCGUCUGCUGAGCCAAGACAUUGCCAACACAUUCUUCAACCACACACCACAACCUUCAGCGAGCUCUCCUCAUGCAUCAUCCAAAGCGAAACAAGCAAAUACUCCAGCGAAUUUUAGUUUCACUGAUUUUGUGAUAUAUUUAUACGUGUAUGAAUCUAGCGCUUAAAAGCAUGAUACGUUAGUGAGCCAUAGCUUAGCCUUAGCCCUCGAACCAAACCGAUUUGAUCUGAUCCAAUCCGAUUCGAUUUGAUUCGAUCGGAAGAGAACUGGAAACUUUUAUAAUCGCCCGGUGUAAACGGGUCGUUCAUCGAAAUUUACCACAUCCACUCAUCGCGGUCACAUGAAGAAGUAUUGUAAAUUAUCUGGGUUAGAAUUAGCCGGGCCAGAUUGCGUUGGCGAUGGCGUUGCUGACUAUAAUGAUGACGACUCCGGCUUAGCGGCACUCGAAACGGCCUGCUAUCGGAUCGAUCGAUCGCCAAAACAUAUCUUGCCCCGCCCCACACACUUUUGUAGUGCUUGAUUUAGAUUUAAUAAUUUAUGACAGCAAUAGGAUAAUCGUAUAACUAAUUGUAUAAGUUUACAAUAACCUAGGGAAGCAGUGAAGCUAAUAAAUUAAUAUUUAACGCAUACGAGAAGCAACUAGAAAUCAAAUCAAAAUAUGUAUUUAUAUUUUUGAAGGAAUGAAUAUACACCUAUUUUAAAAUGAAA